AUGCUUAAACCAGCAUGUCAAUUACCAUUGAAUAAUGAUAAGUUGACUCUAGAAGAAAGAUAUCAAUUUCCAAGACUCUAUUAUGUACCUUCUACUAUUUAUUCUGAGCCCCGAGUUAUUGCAUUAUCUUUGACAGGAGAAGAAGGUGAACCAUUAUACUGUCAAAAAUGUAAUUCAAAAAGACCUGAACGAAUGCAUCACUGCAGAGAAUGUCAUCGCUGUGUACCUAAAAUGGAUCAGAUCAAUGGCUGUGUCGAUGAUAGCAACUACAAAUACUUUUUUUUAUUUGUGUUUUAUGUUGCGUGCUACUGUUUAUGGAUAGAAUUUGAUAUAAUUCCCAAGAUAGUAUAUGCUAUUCGGACAGAAUAUAAGAAAGACAUAAUGACGUUAAAGUUUUGUUGGGAGCUUUAUAAAUUAUAUUUAUCUUGUAUUUAUCAUGUAUGGAAAAACAUCAUUUUAAUGAUUUGGUAUAAAGAAUGGAUUCCUUUAUUUCAUGGUGUUCAAGGUCUUCAUUUAACAAAUAUCAAUUUACAUUGGUAUAUAUUAACAGCAUUGGGAUUUCUCUUUGGAAUAACGCUCUUAGGCUUCACUCUAGUUCAUUUAUAUUAUAUUUUAACAAAUCAAACAAGCAUUGAACAUAUAGCUGAUCGUUUCAUUUUUGUACGAGCUGAUUUUGACCAAACAGGAAAUAAUUUUGAAGUUGUUCAAAUUCAAGCUAACAAUAAAAUAUAUGACAUUGGGUAUUUUAAAAACUGGUGUUCUGUAAUGGGAUCAAAUCCUUUCUUAUGGAUGAUUCCAGUUCAAGCUUCUAAAGGAAAUUAUGGAUUUGAUAAAAUAUUUCCUUAUAAUCCUAGCUUUUGUAAACACAUUAUUCAGGUUGCUCAAUUACAACAUGAAGCGCGACUGUUAAAUAAGGAAUAA